AUGAAUAGCCAUAACAUUAUAGCAGUUAACCAAUUGACUAAUAUUCCAAAUAAUUUUCAAUCCAGAACAUCUACUUAUUUAUUCAAAAAUAAUUCAUAUUCCAGUUAUAACAAUAACAACAACAAUAAUAAUUAUGAUAGUUAUCCAAAUAAUAAUCAAAAUCGUAGUACAAAUUCCAAUGAUGGAACUAUUGUGGGUUUGCAUUUUAAAAUUGGCAAAAAAAUUGGUGAAGGUUCCUUUGGGGUUCUCUUUGAAGGUGUCAAUAUGAUUAAUAGAGCCCCUGUAGCUAUCAAGCUCGAACCAAGAAAGUCUGAAGCUCCACAACUAAAAGAUGAAUAUAGAACAUACAAGAUUAUGGCAGGCACUCCCAAUAUCCCAUUGGCUUAUUAUUUCGGACAAGAAGGGUUACAUAACAUUUUGGUAAUAGAUCUUUUAGGACCUUCACUAGAGGAUCUUUUUGAUUGGUGUGGAAGAAAAUUCUCAGUAAAGACUGUCGCUCAAGUUGCCAUUCAGAUGAUAAGCUUGCUUGAAGAUUUACAUUUGCAUGAUCUUAUUUACAGGGACAUUAAACCAGAUAAUUUUUUAAUUGGAAGAGCUGGGCAACCUGAUGAAAACAACAUUCAUUUGAUCGAUUUUGGUAUGGCUAAGCAAUAUAGAGAUCCAAAGACUAAAAUUCAUAUUCCGUAUCGCGAGAAAAAAUCAUUAAGUGGAACUGCAAGAUAUAUGUCAAUUAAUACACAUUUAGGCAGGGAGCAAUCCAGAAGAGACGAUAUGGAGGCUCUGGGACAUGUAUUUUUUUAUUUUUUAAGAGGUCAUUUACCAUGGCAGGGGCUAAAGGCUCCUAAUAACAAGCAGAAAUACGAAAAGAUAGGGGAAAGGAAAAGAAUAACAAAUGCAUACGAGUUAGCCCAGGGUCUACCAAUUCAAUUUGGUCAAUAUUUAGAUAUUGUAAGAAAUCUUACAUUUGAGGAAGCACCAGAUUAUGAAGGUUACCGUAGAUUAUUUGCAACAGUAUUAGAAGAAAUUGGUGAAUGUUGUGAUGGGAAGUAUGAUUGGUUUAAAUUAAAUGGUGGUCGCGGCUGGGAUCCGAACAUUAACAAGAAACCCAAUCUUCAUGGAUAUGGUCAUCCAAAUCCACCAGACGAAAAUAAAAAACAGAUUAAUGGCAUAUCACUACAAAUGAAGUCAAGACAAACACAACUUGGUCAACUCCCAUUAUUGAAAACUGAUCCUAAUUUAUUUCAAGCAUUUCAAAGACAACCACCACAAAUAUUAUCUCAACCAUAUCAAAAAUGUGAUCCUUUACAGGACAAGUAUAUGCAACAACAACAACAAGUGAAAAGAUAUCCACGAAAGAUAGCCAUGACACAACUAUACGAUAAAAGUAAUCAAAUUAAUGCUAGUAAUUUAGGAGAAACUUCACCUCAUCAUGAUAGUUAUAACGCCGGUUUAAAGGGUUAUUCAACUCAACCAAUAAAUGGGCAUGUUUUUGCAAAACAAAAUCGACAUGAAAUGAUGACAGAACAACAACAAAUGCAACAGCAGCUGUUAGAUGAUUUAACGGAAACAAAUAAAGGUUUUUUUGCUAAAUUUAGUUGUUGUUGA